AUGGCGGGGUGGAUGCGGAUCAGCGUGCUGCUGGCGCUGAGCCUGACUUUUGCCGUGGCCAACCAUGGCCUCAUCCCCACGGAAGACCCCGAGGCCUGGGUUCAAAAGGCCAUGACUGCUCUUGGUGUCGUCACCAGCUCACCCCUGCAGUCGUGCAUCCACACAGUGCUGCUGCGCUUGCACGACAGCGGUGCGGCUUGCCAUGACUUGGACGAAGAGCUCAAGACCCGAGAACGCGUUGACGACCUGUGUCAACAAGAAGCCAAUGUCUACCAACGCCUCAUGGUCGAGCAAUCUGUCACCAAUCUCAUUGAUGCAGCCAAUUCCAGUGCCAUGCAACUCGAAGUCAUCCAAAAAGAACACGAUCGGAUGCAAGUGCUGACAUCAGAGCUGACGACGAGCAUUCAGACAUCACAGCAACACAUCCUCAACAAUCAAGAGUAUCUCCGGCAGCAGUUGGACGAGUCUACGCAACAGCUUGAUGGCAAGCUGUCGCAGUCGCUCCAACACAACGAGAAGCUCCUGGAGGAUCAGCAAGUGGCACUCUCCAACCAGCAAAAGUUGAUGGACGUGAGCCAUUCAGUGGCAUCGGCCGUCACUGAGAUUAUCGCCGAGCGCUACCUCAACCAGUACGUGUACAUGAACGCGGACGGAACGAUCGACUUUGAUCAGCAGGUGCAUCCUCAAUUACAGCAAGAUUACCUCAACGCCUGCUGGACUAUGCGCAAGCUGGUCAUGAUGAUCGACUUGGGCAUCCUGUUUUUCACGGCCAUCUACUAUCGUGAUCCAGCACACGAAAGCCAGCGCCUGCUGGGCCUUGUCAAGUCCCAGAAUGAUGCUAUCCUGCAAAGCGUACAAGCGGCCCUCGCCAAUGUGGUCGCACCCUCAACUUUUGGGCCUGCGGCCGUGUCCCCACCCACGGCCUCAAUUGAAGACGAUGAAGGCGAGGCGGCCGACCCCACGUUUCAGUUUUACAGUGAUGACGAAGGAGAAUUUGAUGAUGACGACAGUGACGACGAAGGCGAUGCCGAUGAGGAUGGCAGUGACGAAAGUGAUUGGGGCAGUGAAGAGGUCUCGGGUAAGCAGAUACGACACUUUCUUUCAGUGUGCCCCUCGCUCUCAUUCUUGUGUUGCGUGGUUGCUCACCUGCUCACCUGCACACCAGACGACGACGACGAACUGCCGCUGGCUGCGACGGAAACUGGCCGGUCAGUUUUGUCCUGGUCUUGA